UGGAAUAGUGUUGCAUUGAGCAAGCGAAAUCAGCACUGUGUACCAGAAAGUGUGGAGCCACUAAUUGGACUGAAUUUCAGUGGCAACAAAAGACCUGGCUAGAAAAUUCCAGCCCUGGUUUUACAGGGCCUGCUUUGUUGCUGCAGUGUUUGUUCUCUACUGCUGUGUUAACAGUUAUCUUUUCGGUAGUGGCCUCUCCCCACCCUUCCACACAGUGCAUGAAAGGUUCCUCAGCACAAACCCGUCCAGAGCCUCUGUGGCACAGUGAAGGCAAUGCCCCGUUCUGCAUAGGACACCAUCCAGACGCCAGGACUGACCCAGCAGCUGCCUCGCAACCAUGUUCCCACACAGCUUUGAUUACAACCAGCCGAUGAGAAAACGUUGAGAGGAAGGAGACAUGAUGGGACAGCUCCCGGAGGAUGUGGAGGGUUGCUUCACCACAGAGGAACUGGAAUGCAAGAUCUGCUACUGUGCAUACAGCCUGUCAAGUCGACGGCCCAAGGUCCUCGAGUGCUGCCAUUGUCUGUGUGCCAAGUGCCUUGCAAAAAUCCUCGAUUUAGGCGAAUCCUCUCCCAACGCAGUGGUCUGUCCAUUCUGCCGCUACAUCACGGACCUUCCCAGAGAAGCUGUGGAUAGUCUACCAGACGAGUAUAACCUGGUGUCAGCGCUGCUAUCCGUCCAGGCACGGAAACAUCCGCACCCGAAUGAAACCCAAGGCGAGAUUCUUCUCAGUCCCAGAUGCCUCAACUCCCUGGUGGGACACUCUGCUUCAGCUUCCCCCACCUCGAUUCGUUCCAAUUACGUGGUGAUCACCAUUAUGGAGCCUCGGCAGGAGUCUGCUAUUCCAGCUCCGGGGAGGGAUUACCGCUCUUCUAGCCUGGACUCAAUGGCCUCCGUUACCAAUAGAUGGACAGUGUGGAACUGUGCGGCCCUGUUGUGCCAGACCUCAGCGCGUGUCCUGGUCUGGUUGCUGGGGCUGCUGUACUUCAGCUCGCUGCCUCUAGGUGUCUACCUGCUUAUCAUGCAGCAUACCACAACAGGGGUGUUGAUGGUCAGUCUGGUACCUGUCAGUCUUCUCAUUGUUAUGGUGUACGGUCUUUGCCAAUGCCUGUGUCGUGAGUUUUGGGAAUGUGUGCCACCAUAAUGACCAAAGCAAUAAGUGUAACUGUUAUAUUUGAAGAUUGGAUGUGCUAAUGGUCCUGUCGGUUUUUGGAAACUGAAUUCUCCUGCUCAUGGAUAAACAAUUUAGGCUACAGUGAACUGAAAAUACAAACAAUAAAAGUCCACAGAUUUAAUUUAGCAUCAUAGAAAUCAAAGUAAUAUUACAAUACUUAAAACUGGUAUGCACACCAACAAUAUAUUCACCAUAUAUGAUAUAUCUGUAUAUGAUUGUUGAAUGUGCCUUUUCCUGGAGUGGCUGAAAUGGUCAGUUCAAUAACUCUAUAGGCUUAAUGAUGUACAUUUUCUUUGUAAAAAUA